AUGGAUUACGAUCCGAUGGUGAUGGACGACGCUGAGGCGCUCGGUCCGGUGGUCAAGAUUUCUCAAGCAGAUUCGGUCCGCGUAAAAUACGAAUUGUCCAACGCAGACAUCGCCUUUGCCAACUCGCUGCGUCGCGUCAUGCUCGGCGAGAUCCCGACAAUAGCUAUCGACCUUGUCGAGAUCGAGGAGAACAGCUCCGUUUUGGCCGACGAGUUCAUCGCCCACCGUCUCGGCCUCGUCCCCCUCAACGCCGAUGGCGUCGACAGCUUAUUAUACGCGCGAGACUGCGAUUGCGACGGCUGCUGCGAGCACUGCAGCGUCCGCCUUACCCUGCACGCGAAAUGUACCGGUGACGAGAACAUGCAUGUGUUUGCCCGCGAUUUGGUACCAACUGGUGACCGAGUCAACCAAGUUGUCGGCACUCCCGUGGUCAAGGAUGCUGAGGGACUAGGGCCUCUUCUCCUGAAGCUCCGACCAGGUCAGGAGGUCAAGCUCGAAUGCAUCGCCAAGAAGGGCAUUGCGAAAGAACAUGCCAAGUGGGCGCCUUCGGCAGCGAUCGGAUUUGAAUACGAUCCUCACAAUAAGCUACGUCAUCUGGAUUAUUGGUAUGAAGCGGACGCGAAGGCGGAAUGGCCACCAAGCGAGUACGCCGCCUGGGAAGAACCCCCUCAGGAAGGCGAGCCGUUUGAUUAUGACGCCGUGCCGAAUCGUUUCUAUUUCAACGUUGAGAGCGCCGGGCCGUUGCCUCCUGAUAUUAUCGUCAGCGAGGGGAUCAAAGUGAUCCAGCAGAAGCUGGCCGGCCUCAUCCAUGAACUUGCGGACGAAGGUGGCGACGGUAUGAACGGCGAUUACAACGGCCCCCGGAGCCCAGAGUACGGGACGGGCGCCGACGGCUUCGGAGGUGGCUACACCACUCCCUUCGGCAAUGGCGGAAACCAGAGCUCCUGGGGCGGCGGAGCGGCCGGCAGCACGACGCCCUAUGGAACGACUCCUUAUGGUGCUGGCCAAAAUAAUUGGUCGUGA